CUCGUUCUCUAUCAUUCCACAGACUGUAAUUUAACUACACAGUGUACUGCACCUGUGUAGUGUUGCUGCCUCGACAGAUUCCCCUAGGUCCAGCCAGUAACAGUAACAUCAACGUUAGCCAUUAUUAAUGCUGACAAAGUCAUGGAUAAGUUUCAGGAAUUCACUGUCAAGUAAAUUUUAAAUAGUGCCAUAUAUUAACGUCACUAUAUUAUCACUUUAAUUUGAAUGUAAAGCGUAACUUUACAAUAUUCCUGUGAGCAAGCAUUAAUUUGAAAAAGAACGACUUCAUAGAUCCAAAGCAGAACUACUGGUGCUUUUAUUAUAAAAAAACUAGGCUCCCAGUGGACCGGAAGUGUCGAUGUAGUUGCUGACAACCGUCGAGGUUGGCCAACAGGGUAGCAGCUUAGCGGUCAUCCUAAAGUUAAACCAUAGUAGUAAGCGGUGACUUUAAACGUAAUGAUCCUCCAUUCAGUCUCCUCUUAACCUGAUAAUCUGAGUGUUAUGUGACGACACCAUGAAGGCAGUAAAAAUGAAGCUAAAAAGAGAUGUGAGACAAACAUGGAGGCUCAGGGUGAUGUCUGGUUUAACUUUACUUUAGCUAGUAAUUCGUUGUUUGACAUCUUUAAAAUAUGACCAGGCAAAACAAUAAAAUAGCAAACUGAUAAAGGAAAUGAAACCAUGAAUCUUUGAAAAGAUCUUCACCUGUCACCAAGCUGAAACUGUAAGUGAAUGUGUCAUAUCUUUUCUCAAUGUAUUUUAAUGAACUGUGUGAAGCACUUUGAAUUGCCUUGUUGCUGAAAUGUGCUAUACAAAUAAACUUGCCUUGCCUUCUCAAGUAUAACCUGUAUGCAUGUUGUGUGGUACAUUUAAAUAUGCUUGUAAAGGCAUUAUUAUUGUAUUGAUGGUGACAGUGAUGGUGAGUCAUGUGAUUGUGCUCUUUGAUGGCACAUCUUCACACAGGAAGGCAAGGUGUUAUAAUAUUGGGUGAGGUUCUGUAGCUUUUGCUUAGCUUUGGAUUGAAAUUUAUUUGCACUAUACAGUGGGUGUAAAAUAGCAUUUUCUAAUCUCUUCUCUUUUUUCUAGGAUGCUGAACCUGAAAGCCUUGUCAAAGUUCUUGCUACUGUCUUUAAAAAUGGAAAGGAGUGCUCAAGGAAGAUUUAUAGUGUUCACAGUACUGAACAUCUCAUAAAUCAAACAGAGCAACUAGGUUUUACAUUUGACCGUGUUCUGAAAUACCACACAGAUUUCCAAGAAUUCACUGAUGUUGACAAAAACAUAGAAGUCAAGAACUUUGACAAAUUUCAGGUCUUCUUGUCGAGCACAGAUGUAUUACCCCAACCAACUGCAGGAGAGGCCUGCCAAAUCCAGCAUGUACCAGUGCCAGAUGAACUGGCAGGCUUGCAGUCACUACUUCAAAGCAAAGCACCAGAAAUACUUGAAGAACACAAGAAAACAGGAACACUUAAAAUGGAGUCAAGAAGGCUCCUUGUCAAAGUAUGCAUCAGUCAUCUGGUAGAGAAGCAUGGCUUUUACCCACCAAGUGCUGAAAAAGUUGUUCUUGCAAAGAAUAUCAUCGCCACUUUCCCAUCCUUGAGGGUUCAGAUCGAAGGAAAAGGAGAUGGUUUUGAGCAUUUUUAUGAUCCAUCAUCACAUUGUGGAUUCUUGGAAAUGAGACUGCGUAACAUCCGCCGGAAGCUAGAGGCAGGUCAGCGCCGUUACACGAAGCGUAAGAUAAGCUGCAAUACUGAAUCAGGGUUAGAACAGGACCAGGGGGACAGCAGUGUGACCAGUGAGUGGAUCACCCUCAUGAAACGGCUCAGGCCCUCUGCAGAGAACACUCCGUCAAUCAAAUCAGCAAUGGAGAAGACGUACGCCAUGCGUAGAUCAUGGAUAUCAAAGGAGUCUCCCACAGUGGCUGAAAUCUUCAACGAAUACCCACGCUUCUUGGAUAUGCCAAGUCUGAUGGAUCUCGAGUUUGGCAAAAUGACAGAUGGAAAGACAGAUCUGUUCAUCAGAAGAUGGGAAGCCAGCAUCAUACCAAAGCUGAAAGCAGUUGCUGCCAUGGAAAAAAGUGAUGUUGCAGCUCUUACAGCGGGAAUGGAAGACCAGACAGAUGAUGGAAAGUGCUACACAAUGCUGGUUGUUCUCACACAUCUUCUUCCACCACUGCCUGGGAGUCGCUGCAGUGUGAAAUCGGCAAUAUCAUUCCUACUUGAUUUUGCACCGCCUGGAACCAGCAUUGCAUCCCUCUUCAGCAACCCAGAGAUGGCAUCAAAGACCCAGCCACUGCUGAUCUGCAUGGGCAAUCUGAAGAGCAUAACACGACAGUACAUCAUCAUUGCAAGAAAUGACAAGGUGACCGUUCCGGUAGAUGGUGGCCUGACAUGCGCCCUGGACAAGCUAUUCAAGCUGUACUGGGUUUGCAACUUAGCCUAUCCACCACAGCUCAGCUCUGUGUUCACCUUCUUUGAAUACAUCUAUGAUGUGACCAUCUCAACCAACAGGAGAGCCAAGGUACUGGAGCUUAUUUCAAAACUUCAGGCUUCACAGUAAAUCCCAAAAUAAUGUACACGUGUCCAACGUGCAGACAAUUAAUAUCAACAGAAGUAAAGAAAUUAAUUUGGCAUUUACGUGAAAUACAUGCCUUAUCAGAUGGACAGGACUUGACUAUUAUCUGCAGCCAAGAUGGUUGCCCGAGGACAUACUGUAACUUCAAUUCAUUUUCCAAACAUCUUCAUAGAGACCACCAGUCCACAACAACAUUCAUGGACAAUGUCUCAUUUCAAACUAAUGACCACAGUUCGUCAGAUACUUCUGAACCUGGGACAUCUAAUGCUGAGGGAACACCUGACUCUGUUUCACUUAAAACUGCCGUUCCAAGUGACUGUGUUGCCUCCUUUGUGGCGCAAAUGUACUCAUCCUCAAAUACAACUUUAAUGGAUGUUACAAAAAGUGUUACCUGCGUACAAGAGGUGUUAGAGAGGACUGUAGAAAGUCUGAAACAUUCAACAACUGAAUUGCUUAAUAGCCUGCAGGUGCCACUAGACAAUGAAUCUGUCCAGUCAUUGAUGAGUGAAUUUGAAAAUGCCAAACAUAUGUUUAAAGAUGUAGACACACCCUUCAAAAUGAACAAAUACUUUUCUGAGAAAUUUGGUCUUGUGAAGCCAAAAGAAAUAUUUCUUGGUCACAGGGCAGACACUGCAAGGAAACAGGGACAAGUGAAACAAGUGCUGGCGGCAGACACAUGCCAUUAUAUAUCAAUAAUUGAGACUGUUAAAUUUUUGUUCAGUAAUGACCAGAUGCAAAAUGUUUACCUUCAGAGUAAGAGGCAAACUGAAGGGAAAAUGCACAACUACUGUGAUGGCUCUCAGUUUUCAUCUCACCCAUUAUUCGGAACAUGUCCUCAAGCCCUCCAAAUACAGUUGUAUUUUGAUGACUUAGAAACAACUAACCCUUUGGGGUCCAAAACAAAAAUUCAUAAAAUGGGUGCCAUUUAUUUUGCCUUGAAGAAUCUGCCACCUGAACUUAAUUCAUCACUCUCAAAUAUUCACUUAUGUCUUCUGUUUAAUUCUAUGGACAGAGAGGUAUAUGGGUUUAGUAAGAUUCUGGAACCACUGAUAGAGGACAUUAGACUCCUUGAAAGUUCAGGUGUACAGGUGGAGAUACAAGGACAAAAUCAUCAAAUGUAUGGAACGAUAUGUGUCUUGACUGCAGAUAAUUUAGGUAUCCAUUCCUU